AUCUCAUGUCAAUUCCUUUGAUUCCUUACUUCAUUCAUUGACAUUUGAUUUCGCUUUAUUUAUUCAUUCAUUCAUUCAUUUCCAUACAAGAUGUCUUCUUUCACAACUGCACCGCCGUCUCCAGAUGGAGAAACCAAUAACACAAUUAUUGAAAGCAUGCUGGAUUUAGAGGAGAUAGAUAAGGAUCUAUAUCGAUCCAAGAAGCUGUGGUUACCCAUGGGCGCACGAGGCGUAUUUGGCGGUAAUGUAGUCGGUCAGGCAUUGGUGGCAGCGACCAAUACUGUGUCCAGUCAUUAUUCGGUGCAUUCGUUGCAUUCAUACUUUUUACUUCCUGGAGAUCACUCAAUUCCAAUUCUCUACCAAGUUGAACGUGUUAGAGAUGGGAAAUCGUACUGUACUAGAACAGUAACAGCAAAGCAACGUGGAAAGAGCAUUUUUGUGUGCACAGCUAGUUUCCAAGUUCCUGCCCCUAAUGCACCUAGUCAUCAAUAUCCCAUGCCAGAUGUCCCUCAUCACAGUACACUUCCUAGUCAAGAAGAACUCAUCCAAUCUAUGAUCGACAACCCUAAAGUUCCAGAGUCAUUUACCGAAAUUCUCAAGAUGCGCCUUGCGGAGCCAUUGGCAUUAGAUUUUAAAGACACACGGAAACAUAGUCUGAAGGAUAUUACGAACCCGCCAAAGCGUACUGAACAAAUGUUCUGGAUGAAAUGCAAGGGCAGACUUGGAGAUGCCCUUGCGCUUCACCAAUGCGUUGUUGCUUAUGGCUCUGACCAUAAUUUAUUGGGAACUAUCCCUCUAGCACAUGGUGCAACUUGGUUUUCGCGCCUGGGACCUAACCCCAGGAUCACCAUGAUGGCCUCCUUGGAUCAUUCCAUGUGGUUCCAUUGUCCAUUCCGUGCAGAUGAAUGGAUGCUCUACGUGUGCGAAAGUCCUCGAUCUGGUUGCGAUCGUGGAUUGACAUUUGGAAGGAUUUACAAGGAAGAUGGUACUCUAGCUGUAUCGGUUGCUCAAGAAGGAGUAGUACGCAUGAAGCCAAAUAAGAAUGCUGAUCCUAAAUUGUAGCUUGGUUGAUCGCUCGAAUAACUUGAUAUAAAAAGAGAAC